AUGAUUAAGCCCUUCUUGGGAACCUGGAAACUGGUCUCCAGUGAAAACUUUGAUGAAUAUAUGAAAGAGCUGGGAGUGAGUGUUGCAGUCCAGAACCUUGCAGGAUCAGCAAAGCCAAGAAUCAUUAUUAGUGCCGACGGGGAUAAGGUUAGCAUCAAAACUGAAAGUACUUUCAAGAACUCUGAGAUCUCCUUCAAAAUAGGGGAAGAAUUUGAUGAAACCACCAUAGAUAACCGGAAAGUGAAGAGCAUCAUAACACUAGAUGGUGGCUCAAUGAUUCAUGUUCAAAAAUGGCUUGGUAAAGAGACAACGAUCAAAAGAAAAAUUGUAGAUGGAAAAAUGGUAGUGGAAUAUAUCAUGAAUAAUGUUGUCAGCACUGGUGUCUAUGAAAAGGUGUGA